AAACCCAAGUACCCUUUCCAUCUUCCCAACUAAAAUUGAAAAAAAGUAAUCAGUUGCUCUGAAACCAAGGCCAUGGCUUCUCUAGCAACCUUAGCUGCUGUUCAACCAGUCAACAUCAAGGGCCUUGGUGGAAGCUCCCUAACAGGAACAAAGCUUGCUAUCAAGCCCACUCGCCAGAGCCUAAGGUCCAAAAACUUCAGGACUGGUGCUGUGGUGGCUAAGUAUGGUGACAAGAGUGUGUACUUUGAUUUGGAGGACUUGGGUAACACUACUGGACAAUGGGAUUUGUAUGGGUCAGAUGCAGCUUCACCAUACAACCCUCUUCAGAGCAAGUUCUUUGAGACAUUUGCAGCCCCAUUCACCAAGAGGGGAUUAUUGCUCAAGUUCUUGAUAUUGGGAGGUGGUUCCACCCUUCUUUACCUCAGCGCCACUACUUCAGGCGACGUCCUGCCAAUCAUGAAGGGCCCGCAACUUCCACCAAAGCUCGGCCCACGUGGCAAGAUCUAAUUUACUUUCAGAUUCUUUUCUUUGUAUGUGACAUUGUGACUUAUUGUGAUUUUGGAUCUUGUAAGUAUGUCUAAAGCCUGUCAAGACUCUCUAUGACUAUUCAAAUGAUAGUUACUUUGAGUGCGAUUUGGCACA